GCCGGAGUCGGCGGCGGGUGGCGGCGCCUGGAACCUGGAGACCGAGCCGCCCCCUGCUUCCUCCUCCCUCUCCGGCCCCGGGAUGUCCUGACGCCCCUUUCUGCUCUCCUUCCCUCUCCGCCCCCCAGCCCCCCCAUUGCAGGAAGGAGGCGCCCCCGAGUCUCCCCUCCCGUGAGAGGGGCCGCGCGGGCCGGGCCGGGCCGGGCUGAAGCGGCGGCGGCGGCGGCGGCGGGAGCCGAGCCCGCAGCGAAAGACCGGCCGAGGCGCGCGGAGGGAAGGAGGCGAGCGCUCCGUGUCGCCGCCGCCGCCGCCGCCACUCGCUUGCGGGGAAGAGAUGGCGGCGGAGCUGGGAGCCCGGCGGCUCCGCGGCACCUCCUCCUCCUCCUGGCUCUGCUGCUUCUUGCUGCUGCUGCUGCUCGGGCGCCCGGCCGCGGCGGCCAGAAGCGGCUCCCCGCCGCAGUCCGCAGGAGCCAGCUUUCGAACAUUCACUCCAUUUUAUUUUCUGGUGGAGCCGAUGGACACACUCUCGAUUCGAGGCUCCUCUGUUACGUUAAAUUGCUCAGCAUAUUCUGAGCCUUCUCCAAAAAUUGAAUGGAAAAAAGAUGGGACUUUUUUAAACUUAGUAUCAGAUGAUCGACGCCAGCUUCUCGCAGAUGGGUCUUUGUUUAUCAGCAGUGUGCUGCAUUCCAAACACAACAAGCCUGAUGAGGGUUACUAUCAGUGUGUGGCCACCGUUGACAGUCUUGGAACUAUUGUCAGCAGAACAGCCAAGCUCACAGUAGCAGGUCUUCCAAGGUUUACAAGUCAGCCAGAACCUUCCUCAGUGUAUGCUGGAAACAAUGCCAUUCUGAAUUGUGAAGUUAAUGCAGAUUUGGUCCCAUUUGUGAGGUGGGAGCAGAACAAACAGCCCCUUCUUCUGGAUGACAGAGUUGUCAAACUUCCAAGUGGGACGCUGGUUAUCAGCAACGUGACUGAAGGAGAUGGGGGACUCUAUCGCUGCAUAGUUGAAAGUGGUGGGCCACCAAAGUAUAGUGAUGAAGCGGAAUUGAAAGUUCUUUCAGAUCCUGAGGAAACCCCAAACUUGGCAUUUUUGAAACAGCCUUCUUCCUUAGUCAGAGUUAUGGGUCAGAAUGCGGUGUUGCCAUGUGUUGCUUCAGGAUUUCCUGCUCCAGCCAUCAGAUGGUUGAAAAAUGAGGAGGUGCUUGACACAGAAAGCUCUGAAAGGUUGGUGUUGCUGGCAGGUGGUAGCUUGGAGAUCAGUGGUGUCACUGAGGACGAUGCUGGGACUUACCUCUGCAUAGCUGAUAAUGGAAAUGACACAAUUGAAGCACAAGCAGAGCUUACUGUACAAGCCCAACCUGAAUUCCUGAAACGACCUGCCAGUAUAUAUGCUCACGAGUCCAUGGACAUCAUAUUUGAAUGUGAGGUGACUGGGAAGCCGACCCCCACUGUGAAGUGGGUCAAGAAUGGAGACAUGGUUAUCCCAAGUGACUACUUUAAGAUUGUAAAGGAACAUAACCUUCAAGUUUUGGGUCUGGUGAAAUCAGAUGAAGGGUUCUAUCAGUGCAUUGCCGAGAACGACGUUGGAAAUGUGCAAGCGGGAGCCCAACUGAUAAUCCUUGAACAUGAUGUUGCCAUCCCAACAUUACCUCCCACUUCACUGACCAGUGCCACUACUGACCAUCUAGCACCAGCCACAACAGGACCACUGCCUUCAGCUCCUCGGGAUGUCGUGGCCUCCCUGGUGUCUACUCGCUUCAUCAAAUUGACAUGGCGGACACCUGCGUCAGAUCCUCAUGGCGACAACCUCACCUACUCUGUGUUCUACACCAAGGAAGGUAUCGCUAGGGAGCGUAUUGAGAAUACCAGUCGCCCAGGAGAGAUGCAGGUAACCAUUCAAAACUUAAUGCCAGCAACUGUGUACAUCUUCAAAGUUUCGGCUCAUAACAAGCAUGGCUUGGGAGAGAGUUCAGCUCCACUACGCGUGGAAACACAACCUGAAGUUCAGCUCCCCGGCCCAGCACCUAACAUCCGAGCUUAUGCAGCAUCACCUACUUCCAUCUCCAUUACGUGGGAAACACCACUGUCUGGCAAUGGGGAAAUUCAGAACUAUAAACUGUACUACAUGGAAAAAGGGACUGAUAAAGAGCAGGAUGUUGAUGUUUCAAGUCACUCCUACACCAUUAAUGGGUUAAAAAAAUAUACAGAGUAUAGUUUUCGAGUGGUGGCCUACAAUAAACAUGGUCCUGGAGUCUCCACACAGGAUGUCGCUGUUCGAACAUUGUCAGAUGUUCCCAGUGCUGCUCCUCAGAAUGUGUCCCUAGAAGUGAGAAAUUCAAAGAGUAUUAUGAUUUACUGGCAGCCACCUUCUCCAGCCACACAAAAUGGGCAGAUUACUGGCUAUAAGAUUCGCCACCGAAAGGCCUCCCGAAAGAGUGAUGUCACUGAGACCUUGGUAACUGGGACACAGCUGUCUCAACUGAUUGAAGGUCUCGAUAGAGGAACUGAAUAUAAUUUUCGAGUGGCUGCUCUCACAGUCAAUGGUACAGGUCCAGCAACUGAUUGGCUGUCUGCUGAAACUUUUGAAAGUGACCUAGAUGAAACUCGUGUUCCUGAAGUGCCUAGCUCCCUUCACGUCCGCCCUCUUGUCACCAGCAUUGUAGUGAGCUGGACUCCUCCAGAGAAUCAGAACAUUGUGGUCCGAGGCUAUGCCAUUGGUUAUGGCAUUGGCAGCCCUCACGCCCAGACCAUCAAAGUGGACUACAAGCAGCGCUAUUACACCAUUGAGAAUCUGGACCCAAGCUCUCAUUAUGUGAUUACCCUGAAAGCAUUUAACAACGUUGGUGAAGGCAUCCCCCUGUAUGAGAGUGCGGUGACCAGACCUCACACAGUGCCAGAUCCCACUCCCAUGAUGCCACCAGUGGGAGUUCAGGCUUCCAUUCUGAGUCAUGACACCAUAAGGAUCACAUGGGCGGACAACUCGCUGCCCAAACACCAGAAGAUUACAGUCCGGUACUACACUGUCCGAUGGAAGACCAAUCCCAAUACACUCUAUGAAUUCUCUGUGAUGGUGAAAGGUCGACGAUCAAGCACAUGGAGUAUGACAGCCCACGGGACCACCUUUGAAUUAGUUCCUACUUUCUCACCUAAGGAUGUGACAGUUGUGAGUAAAGAGGAACCCAGGACCAUAAUUGUGAACUGGCAGCCUCCCUCUGAAGCAAUGGCAAAAUUACAGAUUUCCCAUUAACUCAUUUGGACAGGUUACAUCAUAUAUUAUAGUACAGACGUGAAUGCAGAGAUACAUGACUGGGUAAUUGAACCUGUUGUGGGAAACAGACUGACUCACCAGAUUCAAGAGUUAACACUUGACACACCCUACUACUUACAAAAUCCAGGCCCGGAACUCAAAGGGCAUGGACCCAUGUCUGAAACCGUUCAGUUCAGAACUCCAAAGGCCUUAGGGUCUGCAGGAAAAGGAAGUCGGCUGCCAGACCUAGGAUCUGACUACAAACCUCCAAUGAGUGGCAGCAACAGCCCUCAUGGGAGCCCCACCUCUCUAGACAGCAGUAUGCUGUUGGUCAUCAUCGUUUCUGUUGGCGUCAUCACCAUUGUGGUGGUCGUGAUCAUCGCUGUCUUUUGUACCCGGCGUACCACCUCUCACCAGAAAAAGAAACGAGCUGCCUGCAAAUCAGUGAAUGGCUCCCAUAAAUACAAAGGGAACUCCAAAGAUGUUAAGCCCCCAGACCUCUGGAUCCAUCAUGAGAGGCUGGAACUGAAACCCAUUGAUAAGUCCCCUGACCCAAACCCUAUCAUGACUGAUACUCCAAUUCCUCGCAACUCUCAAGAUAUCACACCAGUUGACAAUUCCAUGGACGGCAAUAUCCACCAAAGGCGGAAUUCAUACAGAGGGCAUGAAUCAGAGGACAGCAUGUCUACACUGGCUGGAAGGCGGGGAAUGAGGCCAAAAAUGAUGAUGCCCUUUGACUCUCAGCCACCCCAGCCUGUGAUUAGUGCCCACCCCAUCCAUUCCCUCGAUAACCCUCACCAUCAUUUCCACUCCAGCAGCCUCGCCUCUCCAGCCCGCAGUCAUCUCUACCACCCGGGCAGCCCAUGGCCCAUUGGCACAUCCUUGUCCCUUUCAGACAGGGCCAAUUCCACAGAAUCCGUUCGAAAUACCCCCAGCACUGACACCAUGCCAGCCUCCUCCUCUCAAACGUGCUGUACUGAUCACCAGGAUCCUGAAGGUGCUACCAGCUCCUCCUACCUGGCCAGCUCCCAAGAGGAAGAUUCAGGCCAGAGCCUUCCCACAGCCCACGUUCGCCCUUCCCACCCACUGAAGAGCUUUGCUGUGCCAGCAGUCCCACCCCCAGGACCUCCUACCUACGAUCCUGCAUUGCCAAGCACACCAUUACUGUCCCAGCAAGCUCUGAAUCAUCACAUUCACUCAGUGAAGACAGCCUCCAUUGGGACUUUAGGAAGGAGCCGGCCUCCUAUGCCAGUGGUUGUUCCCAGUGCCCCGGAAGUGCAGGAGACCACGAGGAUGCUGGAAGACUCCGAGAGUAGCUAUGAACCAGAUGAGCUGACCAAAGAGAUGGCCCACCUGGAAGGACUAAUGAAGGACCUAAAUGCCAUCACAACAGCGUGAUGACCUUCACCAGGACACGACUCCAAACCUGAGUCCAGAAGUCUUGGAACUUAGCCUUGAAAACAAGGAAUUGUACAGAGUACGAGAGGACAGCACUUGAGAGCACAGUGAGCCAGCAGACCAGCCAUCACCGCUGCACGGGCCACUCCAGGCAUGGCCACCUGCCUUCUCCUGGUCAUCCUGGAGGAUACCCAUGUUGGGCAGCUUCCCUUUGCCUGCUGAUAACCUGCAGGACUGGGCACCAUGGGCCAAAAUUUUGUGUCCAGGGAAGAGGCGAGAAGUGCAACCUGCAUUUCACUUUGGUCAGGCUGUGUCUUCAUGCUGUAGCUGCAUCACGUUUAUGGAGUGUAGACAUUGGCAUUUAUGGACAAUUUUAUUUGUGUCCUAUUUUA